AUGCCCCUCUACAUCUGUUACUGCCUUGACACGCCUGAGGGCCAGCUCCUUCGUAGCCUGCACAAGGGGGCACACAAAGCCGAGUCGCUCAAGUCCCGCGCGGCGGGCACUACCGUCCUCGGCCGUGCUCUCAUGUCCGACGAGUACACGCACAAGGCGGGGAGCCCUGCGCGUACGCCCGAGCCCGAGGAGAACAGCGGUGUCCACCCCGGCAUCGUUGGGAGCGUCAUGUUCUACCGAUUCCCGCACAUCGAUCAGGCAUGGGACCGCAUUCGCCGGGACCCGUACUGGGUUAACGGGGUCUGGGACCACAGCAAGGUAACUGUCGUUGAGCUCGACCCUGAGGACAGCGACCAUACCGUCGUGUUUGGAUAGAGUCUUGUGUAGUUCAGCGGGCUGGAGUGCGUCCGUGCCUGCGGUCACUGCGCGGGAGACGGAGAGUAACGUAUGCUGCGAUUGUACUGGAG